UUUCCGGGUAUUCCGAGAAGAAAGAAAAAAAAAUCGGUCUAUCGCCAUGUUUCUCAGAGAAAUAUCUGUCAAACGCCUGUAUCAGUUUAGUUGAGCGUUGUGUUUGUGAGAGUGGAAACACUGGUGUUUUGUCACUUAGACUCAAGCUAGAGCUACAGUGGAUGGUCGGAGCGCGGGACGGUGAUUUUACAAGUGUCUUUUAAUACAGUUGAAGUGGCACGCAAUGCACCAUGGAGGAGGCCCACCAAAAGUGCAGAGGAACCUUCAGAGAUCCAAGUCCUUCACUGGAUCUGAGGCAGAAGACCAACUGCAGCAGCAACAACCACCACAGCAGCCCAAACAAAAACAGCAGCAGCCCAUGUCGGUUACCCAACAACAGCCAGCAAAUGCCAAUCACCCCCAGUCACCGGUGACAUCUUUUGCUCCGUCCGCCAGUCCCUCUGCUCCACAGUCUCCCAAUUACCAAAUCAUCAUGAGUCGGAGUCCGGUCACAGGCCAGAACAUGAACAUCACUUUACAGAAUGUGGGACCAAUGGUUCCUGGGAGCCAGCAGAUCACCCUUGCCUCUCUUCCUCUCCAGAGCCCAGCAUCCCCUGGCUUUCAGCACCAGCCCCAGCAGUGGAGGUUCGAAUCCGGGUCUUCGUCUUAUGUGGUGACAUCACCCUUGCCCCAGACGAUGCAGCCUCAAAGUCCGACCCAGCACAGUCCGGUCCCCAUACAGGCUGUGCCCAGGCCGAGUGCUCCUGGGUCGGCUCUGGGAGUGUGCAAUCAGAGCCCGACGCGGUUUGUGGAAGGAGGUAUAAUGGUUAGGCAAAUCAACUUGAGCAGCCCACCUGGAAGUGGUCAUUUUGUGUACCAGGAUGGAACAGGAUUGGCUCAACUGGCUCCGACAACGGCAGGUGCCGUUCAGCUGACCUCACCUGGGACACCAGGGGGUGUCAGAGAAAGACGCCUGUCCCAGCCUCACUCUCAAACCGGGGGCACCAUUCACCAUUUGGGGCCGCAGAGCCCUGUUGCGGCAGGGGCUGCUCUCCCGACGUUGGGCAGCCCUGGGCACAUCACCACCUCCAAUCUGCCUCCUCAGAUCAGUAGUAUCAUCCAAGGCCAAUUAGCUCGUCCCAUGAUUUUUGAGAAGACGGCGCAAGGCAUUGUGGCUGGUGUAGCGGCCUCUUUUGGGGUCACAUCCACCAUCCCUCCAUCCAGCCCAUCCAGGAGCAACCCUCCCCAGGGCUUCACCAACCAGUCCCUGACUCCCACCAGCAUAAAGAAGAUGCAGCCGAAGAAACUGGAGGAGAUUGCACCCUCAAAUCCAGAAGUGGCGCAGUUGAGGAAGCAGUUUCUGGAGCAUCAUGCAAAGAAGAUGGAGAGUCUGAAGGAGGUGUUCAAGGAUUACCUGAUUGAGCUCUUUUUCCUGCAGCAUCUGCAAGGAAACAUGAUGGACUACCUUGCUUUCAAGAAAAAGCCCUGUGUGCCUCUCUUCACCUACCUGAGGCAAAAUGAUCUUGACCUUGAAGAUGAAGAGGAGGAGGAAGAGCAGUCUGAGGUCAUCAAUGAUGAGGUGAAAGUAGUGACUGGAAAGGAUGGACAGACGGUGACUCCUGUUGCUAUAGCUACACAACUCCCACCCAACGUGUCUGCAGCGUUCUCUGCUCAGCAGCUGUUCCAGACCCAUGCUGGGGUGGCAGGUGGCAGCAUCUCGAACCCUGUGGACAUGGAAGCUUUCAAACGGCAGCAGGCCAUGGCACAAGCAGAUCAGGCUAAGAGGUCCCGGAUGGAAGUGGGUCGGCAUGGGAUGAUAUUCCAGCACCCCGCUGUCACUCCUUUAGGAUCUCCCGGUGUUCCCCUCCAGCAGCUCAUGCCGACAGCGCAAGGAGGCAUGCCCCCGACUCCACAAACGGUCCAGAUUGGUGGGCAGCAACAGAACCAGCAACAGUACGACCCGUCCAAAGGUCCCCCGGUCCAGAACGCCGCCAGCCUCCACACGCCACCCCCACAGCUUCCAGGCCGCCUUCUCCAGGGUGGGCUCCCUAUGGCUGGCUUGCCGCUCUCCCUGUCCCAGGGCCAGGCCAUGGUGAUGGACCAGCAGGCUCCAGUGGCUGGUGGUCAGCUCCAGGUGAAGGUGCAGGGUGCCGGGGCCGUGCUGGCUCCAGUCAACCCACAUGCGCAGCUGCAGGCACAGCUUCAGCAGAUAAAGUCAGGACUCCACCUACAGAUGCAGCAGCAACAGCAGAUGCAGCAGUUGGUCAUGCAGCCUGGACAGGCAACUGUGGCACUUGUGCGUCCUGGAUCAGAUUCUUCCCAGCCUGCCCAGCGUUUGUUGUCCAACUCUCUCUCCAACCCUGCAAUGUCUCCUGCUCCUCUAACAUCCCCGUCCUCUCUCUCCUCCCCACACCCUUCUGUUCCGGUCCGCACCCCCAGUACUGGCCCCAGCCUCUCUCCUGCUGCCCAGUCCAAACUCGCUACCACGAAUGGCACCACCGGGCUGAAAAUGUCCAGUCUGGGUCAGAGUCCAGUUGGGCAGAACUCACAGGAAUGCUCUCAGGACAAGCAAGCAGAACAAGCCAAGCUGGAGAGUCAUGUGCACCAGCGCAUUGCAGAGCUCCGUAAAGAAGGCCAGUGGUCAGCUAGCCGUUUACCCAAGCUGCAGGAGGCCUGCAGGCCCAAAUCCCACUGGGACUACCUGCUGGAGGAGAUGCAGUGGAUGGCUGCUGACUUUGCCCAGGAAAGGCGCUGGAAGAUGGCUGCUGCCAAGAAACUUGUGCGUACAUGUGCACGUUACCAUGUUGAACAGAAGAAAAUGGAGGAACGUGAGAAGAGGGAGGACGAGAUGAGGCUGCGGCACAUUGCCAGCACCAUCGCCCGCGGGGUUGACUGCUUCUGGUCCAAUAUUGAACAGGUUGUAGAAAUCAAGCUGCAUUUUGAGAUCUAUGACAAACAACAAAAAGUUCUUAGCUUGCAGAAGGCUGUGAGUAAAGGCAAGUGUGCUAAAGUGACCCAGUCAUCUGGAGAGAAGUCAGAUAAAGAGAGUAAAGGGGAGACUGGCCCAUCCCGCAAGAGAAAGUCAAGCACCUCGCUCUCGGAUGUAGAGGUUGAAGAUGAGGAAAGUACAAUAGAGGAGCAGGAGGCCAUGGAGGUGGCAGCUGAUCAGAAAGCAGAACUGGCCGAACUAACAAAAGAAGCUGAAGUGCCAUUGGAUGAUCUGGUGAAGAAGUACACUGGUGCUUACGCAGAGGGCUUUGAGUGGCCGCAUCCUUCCAGCCAGAGCGAAGAUGAAGACAGAGAGGAAGCUGAAGAUAUUGAUUCUCCGUUAAACAGUCCACAUGAUGCGGUGCUGAUAGACUCUUUGCUGAGUAUGGAUCAGUACCGUGGGGCUCAGCGGACAGCUUCUGGCCCUGAUGGGAAGCCCAUCAAGGAUAUCGCUGAGGUCGCUGCAGCAACAGACCUGAUUCUGCCCAAAGGCAGCGCCAGGACCACUCUAACUAGUCGUUCCUCUCCUCCUGCUCUGCUGCACGGUUCUCUGAGAGAGUACCAGCAGGUCGGGGUGGAGUGGCUGGCAAGCCUCCACCGCAAAAACCUUAACGGCAUCCUGGCAGAUGAAACUGGCCUUGGCAAAACCGUACAGACUGUGGCUUAUUUUGCUCACUUGGCCUGCAACCAGGGUAUCUGGGGGCCUCAUUUAGUGGUGGUGAGGACCUGUAAGCUGAUAAACUGGGAGAUGGAGUUCAAACGGUGGUGUCCUGGACUGAAGAUACUCCUGUACCUCGGCAGCAGAAAGCAGCGCAGAUACAAGAGAUCGAGGUGGUGUGAGCCCAACAGCUUCCAUGUGUGUGUGACUUCAUACAAACUUCUGCUGAAAGAUCAGUCUCACUUCCUGAGGAGGCGCUGGAGGCACCUGGUGCUAGACGAGGUGCAGCUCAUCAAAAACAUGACGGAGAAACAGUGGGAGACCAUCUUCAACAUAAAGAGUCAGCAGAGGAUUCUCUUAAUCAACACACCUCUGCAGAACACUCUGAAAGAGUUAUGGACCAUGAUCCACUUCCUCCUGCCUGGAAUCACUCACCCAUACCUCAACUUCCCCAUCAAACCCGGCACUGAUCAGAACCAGGACUACUGCCACAAACUGGUCAUCAGACUGCACAGGAUGAUUCAGCCCUUCAUCCUGCGCCGUUCCAAGAGAGACGUUGAGAAGCAAAUGCCUAAGAAGUAUGAGCACAUUCUCAAGUGCCGUCUGUCCAAGAGGCAAAAGAGCAUGUAUGAGGACAUCCUCAUCCAACCCAGUGCACAGGAAGCACUGAAGACUGGACAUUUUGUCAGAGUCCUGGAGGUUCUUAUGCAGCUGCAGAAGAUCUGCAACCAUCCAGACCUGAUCCAGCCCAGAGACACACACAACUCUUACAUAUGUCAGCCACUGCAGUACAACACCCCAUCAUUACUGCUCACAGCCCUGCAGCAGGACCAGUGGAAGACUGUAGAUAUGUCACUGUUUGACCUGAUUGGUAACGAGGGACGAUUGACCCGUUAUGAGGCCGAGGAGGCUCUGCCUAAACUCAGAAUGACCAAACAGCUGAUUGAAGAGAUCUACAAUGCACGCGACCCACCAGCCAGACCCAAACCAUGCAAGAUCAAACCUAUGAGGUUGUUCGUGCCGGUGCAGUAUGGAACAAAACCAGAGGGGCACCUGGUCCCCAUAACUAGCAGCACCACUCAAGCCCCUCGUGCCACUGCUGUUACUACUGCCCCCACCACCACUACCAACCCUGCUACUGCAGCUCCAAGCACACAGCCCAGAGGCAAAUCACCUCUUACCACAACCACUUCUGCACAGGCCUCUGCAAUCAGCAGCUCAUCAGGAUCACUCUUAACAGGAGCCACCCCUAACCCCCCUUCUACCCCUCUGGCUGUGGGUGUGACAAGGUUCACCACUAUGCCUGCUGUGGUCCCCCAUGCCCCUGCCGCCCACCCCCUCCAGCCCAGUUUGGUACCCCAGAGGCUGGUGCUCAGCUCCCAGGCCAAGGCACGCUUGCCUAGUGGAGAUGUAGUGAAGGUUACUCAGUUGGUUGGACAGGGUCGUAUCGCCCAGCCAGAGACCCCUGUGACCCUACAGUUCCAGGGCAACAAGUUCACUUUGUCUCCGAGUCAGCUGCGGCAGCUCACCACCGGCCAGCCUCUGCAGCUCCAAGGUACACUCGGCAACAUCUUGCAGAUUGUGUCUGCCCCCGGACAGCCUCUUCUCAGGCCACAGGGGCCACCCAUGGUGAUGCCUACUGUACCCCAGGCUGUGCCUGUACAGAACUCCUCAGGUACACCACCUGGCACUGAUGCUGAAAAUUCAGCUUUGUUCCUGUAUCUGUUUGCAGGAAAACUGGAGGCGCUGUCUAUCCUGCUGCAGAAGCUGAGCGCUGAGAACAGGCGUCUGCUGAUCUACACCCAGAUGGCCAGCAUGCUGGAUAUACUGGAGGCCUUCUUAGACCAUCGUCACCUCACCUAUGUACGGCUGGAUGAGAGUCUGUCACUAGAGGAGAGACAGGAGCGGGUCAAGAGGUUUAACCGCAACAGACAGAUCUUCUGCACCAUCCUGGCCAAUCGCUGCUGCUCAGCUAUGGGCCAUGUGUUUGACGCAGACACCAUCGUGUUUUACGACACAGACCUAAAUCCCAGCAUGGACUUGCGCACACAGGAGUGGUGUGACAAGAUCGGCCGCUCCAAAGACAUCCACAUCUACAGGUUGGAGAGCGGGAACUCAAUUGAGGAGAAGCUUUUAAAGAAUGGCACUAAAGACCUUAUUCGAGAGGUAGCUGCACAGGGCAUGGAUUACACUCUAGCCUUUUUAACACAGCGCACCAUUCAGGAUCUGUUUGAGGUGGAGGCUGGUUCUGGAGAGAAGGUGGAGGAGUUUGUGGUUCUCCACCAGGAGCCAUCCCCAUCCGAAUCUAUCCCCCCUCAUGUGGCCAGACCCUACAUCCAGGCCCUGAAGACCAUCCGAAAGAAAACCCAGUAUGAAGAUGAGGUCGAGGAGACAGAGGUAGACAUGAAAAGUGAGAAAGUGGGAGGACAAGAAGAGAUAGAUGUGAAGGAAGGGGUGAGAGAGGAGGCGUCACAGGUAGAGGAGUUGGCGGCAGUCAUGGAGCAGCUGACUCCUAUUGAGAGAUACGCACUGCACUAUCUGGAGUACUUGCACAGCAGUGAAGAUGAACAGGUUAUAAAGGAGCGCAUAGAAGCUGCUAAGAGAGGCUGGGAGCAGCAGCAGCAACAGAAACUAAAGGUAGAGAAAACGGAGCAAAUGAUCCUAGAAGAUGAGGAGGAUCUGUUCACAUAUACCAGAGAGGAUGCAUACAACAUGGAGUAUGUGUUCGAGAAUGAAAAUGGACAAACAGAAAUAAUGCCACUGUGGACUCCCCCAACUCCUCCACAGGAUGAUAACGAUAUCUACAUUGACUCUGUAAUCUGCCUCAUGUAUGACACUGCGCCUAUGCCCGAAUCCAAACUGCCCCCAGUCUACGUCCGCAAAGAGCGCAAGAGACACAUGGACCCGUCAGCUCUGGGACGUAAGAAAAAGAAGGGCCAUGGAGAAUCAGUGAUUCCUCCACGCUCUCUCUUUGAUAAGGCCAGUCUUCUCAAAGUAAGGAGGGAGGGUAAAGACCAGAAGAAGAACUUCUCUCUGAAGCAACAGGCUCCCUUUGCCAAACCGCUGCCCUCACUGCUCAAACCAGCCAUGGAGGCUGGGCAGGACAACCCUGAGUGGCUCAUCAGUGAGGAUUGGGCCCUGCUACAGGCUGUGAAGCAGUUACUGGAACUUCCUUUGAACCUGACCAUCGUGUCUCCAGCACACACUCCUAACUGGGACCUGGUGAGCGACGUGGUCAACUCCUGUAGCAGAAUUUACCGCUCGCCAAAACAAUGCCGUAACCGCUAUGAGAAUGUCAUCAUACCCAGAGAGGAGGGCAAAUUAAUAUAUGAAGCUAACCCUAAGAAGAACAAGACCAAGAGCAUUUAUAAGUUCAAGAAUAGUCGUCCUCUGCGCACUUGUCAGAUCUACACACAGGAUGACAACGCCACCCAGAUCCAGCUGUUCAACAACCGCUUUGAGCUGAUGAAAAUCAUUGCUAGCAAGAGGAGCCCACCAAUAAGACCACUACUGGGCAUGAAUCCAUUCCAGAAGAAUCCUAAGCAUGCCUCUGUGCUGGCUGAGAGCGGGAUUAGCUACGACAAGCCUCUGCCUCCUAUCCAGGUCGCCUCUCAGAGAGCUGAGAGAAUCGCUAAAGAGAAGAAGGCACUAGCCGAACAGCAGAAGGCUCAGCAGUUAGCCCAGCAACAGACUACAGGAGCCGCCCAGCCUCAGGGAGCUGCUGCCCAGCCACAGGCCACUGCAGCGGCCACACAGGCGGCGGGAGUGCCCCAGCCCAACCAAUCCGGAGCAGCAGCAGUCCCCAACACCGCUGUACUGACUGGAGCUAUCAAGACCGCUGCAGUGGGCACAAGCAUCCAGCCAGCAACAGCUACAGUAAGUGGAAAUGUGAUUGUAAACACUGUGCCUGGAGUUCUUCCUGGUCAGUUCCAGGCGAACAAACGUCUGGCGUCUCCUGUCAUACCUACGGCAGGAACUGCCACGGCUCAGGUGGUUCACACUCAGCAGAGAACUGUGCCUGCAACAGCGGCCCCAGCGGAGGUUGUUGCCAUUGCGACGGGUCAGAGCGUUAGAGCCGUUACCCCAGUGACCGCAUCAGCUGUAGUGUCCACUAAUCUGACUCCUGGUCAGUCCCAAACACGCACGCUGGUGGCUCCAGCUCCCGGGAUGCAGUUGUCUCAGGGUAAACCACUUACGCCAGCUCAAUUCCAACAAUUACAACUCAGACAACAGUUGCAGCAGCAGCAACAACCACCACAGGCUGCAUCUCCACAGAUCAAAGCAGUAGGAAAGCCACAGCAGGAGUUGUUUAAGAAGCAGAAGCUGCAGAUGGCCCAUCAGCAGGUUGCGGCGGCGGUAGCUGCAGCUCAAGGUCAGCAGGCUUCGUCUACUCAGCAACCGCAGCAGGUUAACACCACACCGGCAGCUACGUCCAACCCUCAGAUAGCUGCAGUCGCUACGCCCAGAGCAGGAGCUGUGCUUGCUGGAAAUACCGUCACCAACUUACAGGUGACCAGACUGACACGUGUCCCAGCCCCUGGACCCAUUCAGGCUCAGCAGGGUCAUAACGCUCAGGUGACUCUGACCAAACCACCUCCUGUCGUCUCAGUUCCUGCUGUGGUUUCGUCCGCCGGAGUCACGACUCUUCCGGUCACUGUGGCUGGCAUUAGCGUUGCCAUUGGGCAAGCACAGAAAGCAGGUGGUCAAGUGGUGACACACCCGUUCCAGGUGCAGCAGGUUCAGCAGCUGUUGCACAGACAAAAACAGCAGGCAGCCGCACAAGCCGCUGCGGUCCAGAAGGCAGCACAGCCACAGCAAACACAGGCUGCGAUACAGCAAAAGCUGGGCACGCAGCAGGCCGCUCAGACCACAGCCCAACAGCAGCAGAAAGUAUACACCGCCACCACUCCACUUCAGCCCGCCAUUAAGACCCAGUUCUUCGCCACCUCCAUCGGACAGCCACAGAAACCUCCUGCAGCACAGCAGAUACAGGUCACUAAGAUUCCUCAAAUAGUUCAGCAGCAGAUAGUAUCCUCACCUCAACAGAUCCAGGCUCAGCCUCAGACAGUGGCCCUGACGCAGGCAGGACCCACAGCAGGUUCAGCACAGGCCCAGGUGCAGGUCAUCCCCACAGCCACCGCCACAACCACACAGGUGGUGCAACAGAAGCUCCUCCAGCAGCAGGUUGUUACGGCAGCAGCCUCCCCUCAAAUCCAGACCCCGCCGCCACACAGUCCGGCCCAGCAGCAGAGCGCCGCGGCCGCCACCGCCUCAGAGUCUCCAGCGCAGCAGGCCGCUGCCACCCCACAGCCCCAGCAGGGCAAAGGAAACACCCGCACUGGUACUGCCAUGCGCUCCAAAACCCCUGCCAAACCCAGCGGUGGCAGCUAGAGAGUGAUCGGAGGAGAAGGUACUUGGGCAUAACAUAGGGCUGUUUUUUUCCCUGCAUUUUUUUUGGAAAGACUGACCCUUUGUAAUACAGGAACUCACCAUUGACAGUCUGGAUUGAGCAUUUUACAAUUUGAAGCAACACUCCUAAGCGCUAACCACGUCUCAUGUUAAUCAAACAUCAUUCUGCCAACGGACUGUAUGGCCAAUCCUUUCCUUUUUUUUUUUUUUACAGAUUAUUUACUGAAGCUCCUUCCUCAGGAGUCGAGCAUGACUUUAAAACAGUAUGACGGCUCGUUUUCAUAUUGAACUCUUUACUGAGCCACUAAAUGCUUGCUGUACUUUUUCUACCAUGCUACGUGCUCUGUUUAUACAGUGUUUAACAUGUCAUCCUUCAGGUCAUGGAUCAAGUGCGUUUGGAUCACAACAGCCAUCAGCUUCAUCACUUCAACACUUCAUUUGGCGUGCCAGGAACUCUUUUGGCAGGUCAUCUCAACAUUAUUCAUAAUGUUCAAUAAGUCAAAUUAUAUCUGUGUCCCCCCAAUGUUUUUUAAUAGGUGUGGUGGUGUUGUCCCUUUGCGGUUUGUGUCAGUAAAUAUCCUUUUAUUUAAGCAUUUAAUGACGAUAAUCAAGAUUAGCAAGGCUCGGUUAACCAAACUCAUCCUUUUGGGAUGUAGAAAUGGCAAACUACCUUCAGUUCGAUAUAUGUGACCCAUUCAAAAGCUCCCUCUCUGUAGAAGAAUUGAAUAUAUUAGCUUGUAUCAUGAAACCCACCUAAAACUAAUUCUUGUCACCGUAUACACAAAUUCAGCUGCAUGGAUGGAUACCAUCUGAAAACUCAAGUGACGUGUACUUGUGUGUGAAAUGUUUGUGUUAAGUGGUACAACAAUUCAGAGUGUGAUUUAACAGUAAAGUAAUAGAAAACCAUCCCGUGCUGUAGCCAAUUCAUGGUAGCGGCAGCUGUGGGAAGUAUCGCCCUCCCAACUUCAAUUUGGAAGAAAUGUCAUCGCUGAAAACACAUCUGUGAAAUAUUUCCGUUUUUCUUAUGCAUAGUUAUGAACAAUGUCACCAUUAGUCAGUUGACACAGACCUCAGCUUGGCUGUUAGUGUGUUUACAUUGGCCUGCUAUCUUAAAUCAAGACUUUCCCUCUCUGUAUCUAAAUCAUAUAAUGUCAGGGCUUUCAGUCAUAAAUACGUCUUUUUGUAUUGAUGUUGGGUCAGGAACACAUGUAAAUAACUCGGGAGGGAGACAACAGCAUUUGUAUUUGUAAAGUAGUUGUGUAUUCAUUUAAUUUUUUUUUCAGCCUACUUGUAUAAAGUGUUAUGUUUUUACACA